AUGAAGAUAAUCAAUUCGGUCAUUGUAGUCGGACUCUAUUAUGGAUUUCUGACCACAUUCUCUAUAGGGCCCUCUUAUAUCUUCCUUCUCCGAGCUCUGGUUAUGGAAGAAGAAACCGAGAAGAAGGUAUCAGCAACAACUAGUUUUAUUAUAGGACAGCUCAUGAUGUUUAUAUCGAUCUAUUUUGUGCCACUGCAUCUAGCAUUGGGUAGACCUCAUUCAAUAACUGUCCUAGCUCUACCAUAUCUUUUGUUUCAUUUCUUCUGGAACAAUCACAAACACUUUUUUGAUUAUGGAUCUACUACAAGAAAUUCAAUGCGUAACCUCAGCAUUCAAUGUUGGUUUUAUUGGUUGGUUAAUUGGUCACAUUUUAUUCCGAAUAAGUACAUUCGAUCUAAUAAGUACCUUGUGUUAGAAUUGAGAAAUUCUAUGGCUCGGAUCUUUAGCAGAAUACCCUUGCCCAUUCUUACUAAGAAAUUAAAUGAAGCUAAGAAACAUAAAGUGGCCUUAAAAAUAGAAGAAAUGGAGUAA